UAGCUAACAAAAGUCUCGUGGCGAGUACUCCAAAAUCAGUAUAAAAGCCUGAAAUUUUCGGUUCAAAUCAUCACAACCGAACCAACAUGAAGGCAUCACUUAUCCUUAUUUUGGGCAUCGUCGCUUUGGCUGCUGCAGCUCCAAAGCCAACCAAACUGAACUACCGCAACUUGUACAAACCCCCCGUGGGCCCGCUCAAGCACCGCCCCAGCCCCAAAAUCAUCGGCGGCCAUGAAGCCACCCCUCACUCCAUCCCCUACCAAGCCUUCCUGGAAGUCUACUCCGGGAGCGAGGGUUGGUACUGCGGGGGUUCCCUCAUUUCGCAAAACUACGUCCUGACCGCCGGCCACUGCGGAGUCGACGCCACCGAAGCCCACGUCACCCUCGGGGCCCACAAACCCCUCCAAGACGAAGACACCCAGGUGAAGAUCGUGAGCAAAGACGUCAAAGUCCACGAGCAGUACAAUGCCGAGCUCAUUAUCAACGAUGUUGCAGUUAUCAAGCUUCCAAAAGCUGUGACUUUUACCGAUGCUGUUAAAGCUGUGGCUUUGCCGAGCAAAGCUGACGCUAAUAACACCUUCGAGGGUGAAACUGCAAGGAUCAGUGGGUGGGGUUUGACCGAUGGUUUUGAUAAUAAGCUGUCCGAGGUUUUGAAUUAUGUGGAUGUUAAAGUUAUAAGUAAUGCAAAAUGUGGGGAAGCUUUCGGGGAUCUUAAAGAUUCGAUUGUUUGUACGUCGGGGGAUGAGAAUACGGGGUCUUGUAAUGGGGAUUCUGGUGGUCCGCUUGCCAUCGAUGAUGUCCAGAUUGGGGUGGUUUCCUUCGGGAUCAUGUACUGCUUGUCGGGAUACCCAUCAGCUUUUUCGAGAGUUACCAGUUUCUUGGACUGGAUUGCAACCAACUCUGAUGUGGUUAUCAACUAAGUAACUUAUUCCUUCAAUUUGUAUUUAUUUUGG